UUGUUGGUCUCAGUCCCCAACGCUAAAAAGCCCCCAUUUUUAUUCUUUCUUUCCUUCCCCAAAUUUCCAUGGCUACCAAAAUCCUCACUAAACCACCUCCUCCGCCACCAACAAUCACCCAUGGCGGCGGCGACGAAGAAACAGAGCCGAUGGUAAUCGAGGACGUUUUGACCUACCCUGUUCUCCUCUCCGAACGUAUUCGUGAGGCCACCAUGGAAGCCAAUUCAUUCAAAUCCGAGUGUUACUCCAUUAGAAAUCUUGCCGAAAACAUCGGCCAAAUGCUCCGUACCACCAACCGGAUCGCCACCGGGAUCAGUAACGGAAUGAUUUACGAGCGACCCAUCAGGCGAAUUGUGUCGGAGGUGACAAAAGUGCUUGAGAAGACUCUAACCCUCGUCAGGAAAUGCAAACGCGGCAGUAUACUCCGCCGUGUCAUGGCCAUCGUCUCCGCCGCCGAUUUCCGGAAACUGCAACUCCUCCUCGAGAAUUCCGUCGCUGAUAUGUCGUGGCUCCUCAACAUCUUUGAGAGUGGCGGAGGUAUAACGCUUUCCCUUCCUCCAAUUGCUAGUAAUGAUCCUAUAAUUUCGUGGGUUUGGGCUUUUAUUGCGUCUCUGUAUAUGGGUCAUAUUGAUGAUAAAAUUGAGGCUGCAAAUGAGCUGGCAUCUCUAGCUAAAGAUAAUGAUAGGAACAAGAAAUAUAUAGUCGAAGAAGGAGGGGUUUUACCUUUGUUGAAAUUAUUGAAGACGGAUUCCUCUGUUGAUGCUCAAAUUGCUGCUGCUACCACCCUUUUUCUUAUAGCUAACGAUGAGGAAAAGGUUUGUGCUAUUAUUAAUGAGCUUGGUGUUCCGAUCAUAGUUCAAACUUUAGCAAGUUCCUCAAUGAAAGUUCAAAUUUUGCUGGCUUCUUUAGUGGCUAGUAUGGCUAAACAUUCUCCACUCGCUCAGGAAGAUUUUGCCAGGGCUAAUGUGAUCAGGCCAGUUGUUACGCUUUUGUCCGCAGACAGUUCAAUUGAAGAACCGAGUUCGAGAGUCGGCACGCAUAUGCAAAGUUUUCAUUCGGUUGUGGAUGAGAAAAUGGAGAUUUUUAAGGAAAGGGAAAAUAAUAAGUUGAACAGAAGUCCAGGAUUGGCAUCAUCCUUGUCUAUGCAAUCCGUAAAUGGAAGCAAUGGUGGGAGUAGCCGGGGUGGACUUCACAAGAAGGAGAGGGAGAAUGAACCACCAGAAGUGAAGCUUAGUUUGAAGACUAAGUGUGCAGAAGCAUUGUGGAUGCUUGCUAAAGGUAGUGCGUCCAACAGUAAGAGGAUAACAGAGACAAAAGGAUUGCUUUGUUUGGCUAGGAUUGUUGAGACAGAACAAGGAGAAUUGCUGCUUAAUUCCUUAAUGGCUAUUAUGGAGAUAACCAGUGCGGCUGAAUCAAAUGCGGAUCUAAGAAGGGCAGCUUUUAAGACAAAUUCUUUUGCUGCAAAGGCUGUGGUGGAUCAGCUAUUGAGGGUCAUUAAAGAGCAUCAUGAUCCCAAGUUGAGUAUACCAGCUAUAAGGGCAAUUGGUUUCCUGGCCAGAACAUUUCCAGCAAGAGAGACGAGGGUCAUUGGGCCGUUGGUAGCGCAACUUAGUCAUAAUAAUGUAGAUGUGGCAACAGAAGCCGCCGUCGCUCUUUGUAAGUUUGCUUGUCCAGAGAAUUUUCUUCAUGUACAGCAUUCAAAAUCCAUUGUUGAGUUCCAAGGUGUCCAGCCUCUCCUGAGACUGUUUAAGAGUAACGAACGUGCACAAGUCAAUGCGUUUGUUCUCCUUUGCUACCUUGCAAUGCAUGCCAGGAACAAUGAGACUCUGGAACAACCAUGGGUGUUAACUACUCUUAAAGGAGCAGAUUCAUUAAUCGCGCAGCAUCACGAGUUGGCAGAACUGAGAGCUUCGGCUAUAGGACACUUAAAUGUUUACAACAGUGGUCUACUUCGUCAAAGGCCACCUUACCCACCUUAAAAUUUACGAAGUCAUGCAUCUGUUAUGGUAGAGGCGUAUAUAUAUUAUAGUCCAUUCAAUAUGAUUUUUUUUAGAUGGCUGUUUUGCUUUCAAAAUUCUUCUGAUAAUGUGAUACCCUAUUAGAUUCAAGAACUAUUUGAAAAUCAGGACUUCUUUGCUCUGUAAUUGGAACUUAAUAAUUGAUUGGCGUAUACCUUGAAGGUGAGUAUGUACGACUUAGUCAUUGUGACAGUGAAGCACUGCCUCUCUGAGUCUGCCUUUAAGAUGAUCGUGAUUCAUGUCAUGUGUUGUGACCACUGGAUCCAAAUCUAAUUAAGAAACAAGAAAUUUCGGUGAUGUUGUAGCUUUAUGGGAUUUGUUUGAGAUCGUGGGAAUCAUGUUCAGAACUCAGAAGAUCCCCAAAUGUAUGUCUGUCUACACCAGUCCUUAGUUUAGUUUAGAUUGUGGCUGUCAUGUUGGCAAACUGGAGGGUAACAUUGAAAUUUUUAUCAUGACUAGGAAAAUAAUAACAAGACAAUUAUUUUAAGACAUUUUGGGAUGGAGGUGUGUCACCUGUCAGUACUCAGUAGUACAUCAAUGUACCAAGUACUCAGAAAAACAAAUGGAGAAACCUAACUUCAUUUUCGGCUAUCGAAGUAAGCUGGACCAAUGAUAGAAUGGGCUAGUUUGCCUACAGAUGGAC